AUGAAGUACGUCCGACAGCACGUGCACAAGUUGGCGCGCCGCCGUGUUCUCGGCUAUGCUGCCGCCUACACUGUGCCCAUCUUUCUAGUCAUCGCAGCUGCCUCGUUGUGGGUCAAUGCAACUUUCUUGCAAUGGCUCGGACUCGCACACCUUGUGCUGCUGUCAAAACUCGUGCUACUGCUGGCUCUGCACGAAGUGCUCCGACCCUUUUGUCUCUCGUUCCCUGACGUCUGCACGUUAGCAGCGCAUGUCAAUGCAGCCGCUCAUGCCGCCGUCUUGCAAUCCGUUCGACGCGGACUGCACCCAAAGUUCCCAGAGUGGACACUCUGGUACGAGUGGUUCCAGGCCAUUGCCUUCGCUGCUGGUCAACAGAACGGCGGCCAUAUCCUCAAACUGCACAACGCACUGGCUUUCCGACGCAAUUUCGAGCUCAUUGGACGCGUGCUGGGGAUCUGGGCCUGCUGGCGUCACAACAAGGACCUCGAGAGCUUCCGGUACAACGGUCUCGAACAUCUGUGGCUACGUUCUCGACCCAGCUGCAACAACUUUGUGGAUGUCAAGAGACGGAUCGUCGUGCUGUACUACCAUGGCGGGGGCUACGCGCUCUUCAGCCCUCGCUUCUUUGUAGACUUUGCCAGCCGUCUGCUCACGGAAGUUCAGCGCCAGCUUCAAGCAGUUUGUGGACAGGCAGAUGACUGUGCUGCCAUGGACGUGCAGAUCUUGCUGGCCAACUACCGGAAGCUGCCCGAGGUCUGCUUCCCUGCCCCGCUGAAUGACGCCAUGAUGAUGUUCGACUACCUCGUUCACCAUGAACACGUGCUACCUCAAAACAUCAUUCUAGCGGGCGACAGUGCUGGCGCUGGAUUGGCCCUUGCAACGUUGCUGAGGCUACGACAAGCUGGACGUGAGAUGCCUCUCGCAGCACUGUGCAACUGUCCGUACGCAGACUUAUCGGCAGAUGUCGCUGUGUCCGAGUACUGCUUCAUCUCCAAGUCCAUGUUGGAUGCUAUUCGAGAUUUGUGCGUUCGCAAUACGCCGUGGUGGUCGUGGCGUGAAGGUGCCAUGCUGCAGGCAGAUCUACGUGGACUGCCUCCACUCUUUGUUCAGACCGCUGAGUUUGACAUUUUGCACCAACAGUCCUUGCAACUUGUCAAGAACGCUCGAUCUGAUGGGGUGGACGUGGAACUGGACGUCCACGAGCACAUGCCCCACGUGUUUACACUAUUCCCUCACUUCAUCAUACCUCAGUCGUCGGUGGGUAUCGAGAGACUCGCAGCUUUUGUCACGCGACAAGUCACAGCUCAGCAAUUACCCGUGCAGUUUCCAAUGGCCGCGCCACCAUUCUGA